UUUGGUUCUGUGUUUUCGGGUCUUGGUUAGGAGAUGAGAGUGGGAUCCACCUAUGGAUCACGUAACGAGUGACUCUACAUGCAUUCUUGUAAACAAGUAAUGAGCUAAUUAAAGAGAAGAGAGCAACACGAACAAAUUUCACUAAGAGAAUGUGAGUGAAGAUGAGUGGCUAUCUCUGUCUCAAACUCUCGCCACCGCCAUCGCCAUCGCCGCCACCCCCUUCAACUCUCUCCAAACAUCAUCUUCCCCUCCGCAACACUCUCCUCGGCGCCGCCCUCUCCUUCGGCCUCCUCUUCUCCUUCCCCUCCGUCUCCGCACUCCAACUCCCUUCCCAACCGUGUCCUCACCGCCAGCCUCCGCAAGAGACGCUCCAAACCACUCCCGAGGUUGUCACCAACCAGGGCCUCGUCGAGGAAGCGUGGCAGAUUGUCAACGACACCUUCCUUGACACUGGUCGCCACCGGUGGUCUCAGGAUACGUGGCAGCUGAAGAGAGAAGCUAUUUUGAGCAAUUCCAUUCAGACGAGAUCGAAAGCGCACCAAAUCAUCAAACGAAUGCUCUCCAGUUUGGGCGAUCCUUAUACGCGCUUUCUCUCCCCUGAUGAGUUCUCCAAGAUGGCGAGGUAUGACAUGACUGGUGUUGGAAUAAACCUCAAGGAAGUUCCCGAUGAAAAUGGUAACCUCAGACUGGAAGUACUGGGAAUUAUAUUGGACGGUCCUGCUCAUUCUGCUGGUGUUAGACAGGGUGAUGAAAUAUUGGCUGUCAAUAACAUGGAGGUAAAGGGAAAAUCAGCAUUUGAAGUAUCAUCCCUGUUGCAAGGCCCUAGUGGAACAUCUGUGGCUAUUCAGGUCAAGCAUGGUUACUGUGGACCUGUUGAAUCAAUAGAAGUUCAACGGCAACUUGUUGCUCGUACACCAGUCUUUUAUCGGCUGGAACAAUUGGAUAGUGGUGGUACUCCUGUUGGGUACAUACGCCUCAAAGAGUUCAAUGCAUUGGCCAGAAAAGAUUUAGUCAUUGCAAUGAAGCGACUUCAAGACAUGGGUGCUUCAUAUUUCAUAUUGGAUCUUAGAGACAAUCUUGGUGGGCUAGUACAGGCUGGAAUUGAAAUUGCAAAGCUUUUCUUAAAUGAAGGAGACACGGUGAUCUACACUGUUGGAAGAGAUCCUCAGUUGCAGAAGGCUAUUGUUUCAGAUACUUCACCAUUGAUUCAAGCUCCUGUUGUUGUUUUAGUAAAUGACAAAACUGCCAGCGCAAGUGAAAUAGUUGCUUCUGCACUUCAUGAUAAUUGUAGAGCUGUUCUAGUUGGAAAACGGACAUACGGCAAGGGUUUAAUCCAAUCUGUAUUUGAGCUUGACGAUGGAUCUGGUGUGGUUAUCACUGUCGGGAAGUAUGUAACACCACAUCACAAGGACAUAAAUGGCAAUGGAAUAGAGCCUGACUUCCAGAAACUUCAAGCAUGGGAUGAUAUCAGCCAAUAUAUUAAAAAAUGCAGUAUGCCACAACAGGGAUAAAUCAGUUUCUUUGGUAUUCCAUGCAAUCUUUUGCUUUGGUUUAUCAUUUAAUUUGAAACUUUUGAAGAAUCUGCUUCUGGAAGUUGCCAUGUAUAUCUCAAGAGUUUCAGAUUAAUAUGGAUAUAUAUAUGCAUGAAAGAUCUACCUAGCCUUUUUGGCUACAUGGACAUUUAAUUUAACAUACAUUGGCUUAACACCCAAGAUUGGCUUGGAACAUUUGUAAGUGUUCCGUUCAAGAUGAAGCGUAUAGUGGAUUUGACAUGAGAAGAAAUGACGUAGGAAGCAUGCAAGAGUUUGCAUUAAAGCAGCCAGUGCAGCAUUGAAGUGACUUGGGUUUAAUACAUACUAACAAAGAGAAACUUUGUUAUCAAUUUCUAUAAAUCUUUUCAUACCAUGUUUCUAUUUUUGCCUUAACUCUCGAUAUUAAAUUGUAUCAGAAUCAAUUAGUGCAUGGAAAAUGCCAUUUCAUUGAUAAAGAAACUCAUUACAUAUUGACAAUGAUGAAAAUAGAAAUUGCGAAUUA